UCUUGCUUCCCUGGACGUUUCUGCUCUCUACAAGCUACUUCCAUCAAGGCAUCGGGUCAAAUUAGCUAUAGAGAGCCUCUCCGAGUCUUCCCGAUCGAUCCCUUUCAUAUUUUCUCCAGAUGUCGACACCCUGGACGGAAACCAGCGUCGCUGUCGCUCAAACUUACCGGUUCUCGACCAGUGUAAGCGAGAUAGAGGAAGAAGAAGAUGGAAAUUUUUCAAGUGAAUUGUUUGAGAUAAACCAUGGGGAGGGUUUGGCGUCGAUCAAAGAAGAAGAUGCGAGCAGCUUGUUUUCUUUUGAUGUUAACAACGCAGAGGAUAUUGUAUACGUAGCGGUGGGGAAGAGCGAGUCAAGCAUAGGUGCCCUGUCUUGGACGCUGUCCCAUUUUGUCAAUACAUCCAGCGUCCUCUAUCUCAUACAUGUGUUUCCGGAGAUUCACCACAUUCCUUCUCCAUUGGGAAUGCUGCCAAAGAGCAAAGUAAGUCCAUCACAAGUGGAGAACUAUAUGGCGCAAGAAAGAGGGAAGAGGAGAGAACUCCUUCAAAAAUUUCUUAAUAUCUGCUCCGCUUCCAAGGUGACAGUGGAUACCAUGCUUAUUGAAAGUGAUAUGGUUGCAAAAGCCAUACUGGAUCUAAUUCCUAUUCUAAACAUCAGAAAGCUAGUGGUUGGAACCAGCAAUUGCAGUCCGAGUAAUAUUUUAUUUCUUUGGAUGGGUAGGAAACUGAAGUCAAGGAGGGGCAUCGGGAUAGCUGAUCAGAUAUUCCAGAAUGCACCAGAUACUUGCGAGGUUAAGGUGGUAUGUGAAGGAAAAGAGGUAAUAACCAGCCAAAUGAUUGCAUCGCCUUCUGCAUCAGCUGGCAACGAAGCCUACUUCAAGGCCUUGCAGAAAGCUGAUCACAACAGUGAUUCUUUUUCGUGCAUGUGUUUCAGACCCAAAUUCUAGACUGCUGCAGAGUGCAUUAUGAUAUGGCGACUGAAGAUCUGUUCGAUCCACGCUCACCACAUUACUAUGCAUGGCACCCUGCUGCAAACAGGGUACCGUUCCUAUUGAGUUUUAUUU